AUGAUCCGGCGCGGGCGGCGCGGCGCUGUGCUGCCCGGUCGAAGCGGCCACACCCUGCGUGCGGGAUGUGCUAAUUAUUGCGGCGGUGGAAGAAUUACACGCCUUCCUGUGCUAGAAGGGGAAAUCAGCCACAUCGAAAUUCCUCGACUCUCGUCGCAUUUGGGAAUCACCAUUGUGGGCGGCGCCGAUACAGCACUAAGAUGUGUAGUGGUUCAAGAAGUAUUUGCUGAAGGAUUGGUGUCUCAAGAUGGUCGUUUGAGACCUGGAGACCAGCUGGUUGAGAUAAAUGGAGUAGACAUGACAAAUGCAACACAUCGUCAGACGUGUCAGGCUCUGAGAAAAAUGAGUCCAGUUCUCCGCCUAGGCGUGUACCGUGAGAAGAUAGAAUCAUAUUCCUCUCGUUCAUCUGCUCACUAUAUAGAAGAUACAGCUGACAGCUCUUCAAUUGUUUCAGAGGUGCACAUGGUUACUUUGGAGCGACAAAGCAAUCAGCAACUUGGAGUGAGACUGAGUGGCUGGUGGAUGGAGCAGGGUAUUUUUAUUCUUGAGGUGAUUCCCGGAAGUCCCGCAGCUUUGAGUGGACAGUUAGAACCCUAUGACCGAAUUUUAUCAGUCAAUGGUGAAGAUGUCACAAGUCGUCGAUUAGAUCAUGCUUCAAGGCUUAUUCAGAUAAACGAGAAAGUAACUUUGGUUGUUGCUCGGAAGAAACUUAAUCACAAUUCAUUUGCUGUGCCUGUGUGCCAUGGGAGAACAAAGUCUGCACCUGAAGCUCUUGGCGCAAGUUUUCAUCCAUCUCCAAAUGCAACAACUUCUGAUGAAUCAUACUUCUCUCCUUCAGAAAGAGCUAAACUUCCUCAUGAUACUGUAGAUAGAAAUAUGAACAUACCAAAACCUAUAUAUAGUGAAAGGUCUCACAGUCAGUCGUGCGAUUCCUUGCAAAGGGUGUCUAAUUUAGGAGCUGAUGGAAUUCAUUACAUGUCUUCUCCAAAUGGUUCAGAUAUUCCCGUGCCUAGAAUAAGCAGCACAAAAGAAAGUACUGAUGAAACUGUAAGCAACAAAUAUAAUUUGCAGCUUGAUGGUCUUCACUUACAGCAGAAAUUGGUUACCAUAAACAAGGAACCAAAUGAAAGCCUGGGGAUGAGAAUAGGCGGUGGCAUUGGAAGUAAUGAAGGAGAUAUUCCUAUUUAUAUUGCUAAUAUCCAUCCUCAAGGUUGUGUUGGUCGCACACAACAGAUUUGGAAAGGUGAUAUACUUCUCAAUGUAAAUGGUACAAGUUUGAUGGGACUCACCCAUACCCAAGCAGUUGCUACAUUGAAAGCUACCGUUGAAAAAACUCAAGUAUUUCUUGGCGUAUUGGAAGGUCCUGAAACAUCCACUGGCUCCCUUAAUUUUAUUCCUUCAUGGUUGUACUGGCAGAAACUACCAAGGUGCCUUCAGUUCCCAAAGACUGUGAUUUUGCAUCGGAGUCCAGGUGCAAGUCUUGGAUUCAGUAUUGUAGGAGGAGAAGAUCCAGUUCGUGGUCCAGAAGCAAUCCAUAUUCUCUUUGUUGUUCAGGAUUCUCCAGCAGCACGGGAUGGCAAACUUCGUUGUGGUGAUCGACUGCUUGCUGUAGAUGGUCACAGCCUGGAAAAUGUGAAACACUCAACAGCAGUUGCCAUGCUAAAACAGACUGGCAGCAAAGUUACUUUAGAUGUGGUUUCCUGGCUUGGUACUGAGCUGUAGGUGAAGUAUGGAAUGUCAUUGUUCCGAAGGUGACUGAAAAUAAAUUUAUGACUGUAAUUAUUAUUAUUUGAUAAAUGAUGUGCAGUUUAGUCUGUGGCCAUACAGUGUAGUAAACUUUAUAGCUUCUCAUUAUCUGUAAAUUUUGGUUGUGUUAAAUGUACAUUACAUUCAUACAUUCAUUUACUUCAUCUCACAUUUUAAGGAAUCAUGUAUUGAAUAUUGGUUUUGGUUCUAUGAUUAAUUACUGCAGUCAAGCAUACCUCAUAAAUGUUUUUGUUUCCUUAGGUAAUUUUAUGCAAAAAUGACAUGGUCAAACAAAAAUUUAAGUAUGUUUUGUUGGCAGAAAUAUGAAGUAAGCAGGCAUUAGAACUUAAUUUUGAUGUUUGUAUAUCAUCAAAAAGUGUGGUUUAAAUUUUGAUGUAUUUUCAUUUCUACCUUUCUCCUUUGGCAUAUUGAACAAUCUAUAACUAAAUUUUUAGUAGUAAAUUCAUUAAAUUAGGCUUCAUUAGUGAACAAGUUUGUCUCCAUUUUAGUCUUGAAUCUAGUUGACAAAAUUUGUAAAUCAUAUAUUGUUAAUAUAAUUUUGUAUUCCAGAAUUAAUUCUCUUGAGAUCAAUUCAUUUACUAUAAUUUUCUUGUAAAUCUUGCACGAAGUAGUGAUGUAUGAAAGCAGUAUCCUUACAUGUUAAUUAUUGCAAGUUUCAAUAUGUCACUGAUAUGGUUGAGAGGAGGAAAGAGGAACUGAGAAGAGGCGGAAAAAUUCUGAGGCAAUGAAGAAAUUGCGGAAGUUCUACUCCCUGAGAGUGCAUUUUGAUGGCUCAUUUUCCUGUUGGUCAUAAGGAUCUGAAUACAAAACAUAAUGAUAACUGUUAUUUACAGUUAAUACAAUGAAGCAAUGUAGUAGACUUUGUUAGUUCACUGAAAUAUUUUAAUUUAUGUUAAAAUGAAUGACUGAUAUUUGUAGGUAUGUGGAAGGAGUGAAAUGCAUAAAAUUUAUUAGUUUGUUUCCUAUUGAGGAAGGAAGUGUUUUAUCUGUAGUCCUCUGCUAUCACUUUGUGAUGUAUAUUUAAUUGUGUGUUUUAUAAUUUAAGCAUUAUAAGCCACAAAAUUUUAAUGUAUUGGCUCUUUAUGUUGGUAAUUAUUUCUUUAAAAUCUGUUUUAUGUGAAGUUACAGGAGUAUGUACAUAUCUCCUCUCUUUUUUGUUGCAAUGUUAGUCAUAUAUUCCUUUCCUGACAUGAUUUAUUCCAGUACUGUGCAAAACCUACACUCUGUGUUUUAUACAGCUUUCUUUUGUUACUUCCUCCAGUCCAUUACUGCACAACUCAAAGGCGACUGUUAAAACACCAAUCUGAGUCCAUUUUUCAUCAACAAUGAGUUUGUAGUGCCAUUCUAUAGCUUUAUACAAAUGAAUGCAAUCAUGAUAAGGUUUGGAUAAAACAUCUCAUAGUCCUCUAGUAAAUAAAGGGGAAUGAUAAGAGAUAACAAAGAUUAGAAUAGACUUCAAACUUUCAAACUUAAAUUGUGGUGAAUACGGAAAACGUGUCUGUGAUAGUUUUUCUACAACUGUUUAACGCAGUUUUUUUAGUAAUGUUUACUGCUUUAUUUCUCACAUUUUGUCUAAAGCUGCAUGCAUUAAAUGUCAGAGGUGUUGAUUAAUUUUUUAAGAUUGUCUUGUUUUGUAAAUUUCGUUUUCAGUGCAGGAAAAUUAUUCAAAAUCAGUCAAAUAAUCAUAUUGAGUUUCAUAUUUGUAUUUUUAUGUUGAGUAGAAAAAUAUUUUUAUAGCUGGAACAUUCUGGAUACAUAAGCUGCAGUUAAUCAUAUAUGAAGCAAUGGCCAGUCUAUCUAUCUGGGAUUUCUAGUGAAUGCCAUACAUCAGUGCAUUUAGCGACCGGUGUUCUCAGGGCCUUUUUUUAAAACCUCGAGACAAUAAUAGUAAUUGUUUUCAUAAGGUAUUUGUAGUCAUUAUGACCAUUUCAUUUCUAUCCAGCGUUUAAUUGUUUAUUUCCAAUUACAUAAAUAUUCUGCUUUUGCCAUUUCUCAAAAACCUUUUAAUAUGGUACCAAGAACUUAAUAUUCUUGUUUGAGUUGGUAUCGAUGUCUUUGUUACAUGUGUAAUUAAUAAAUUUUUAAUUACCUUUAAUUAUUAAUAACUUUUUUGAGGACUGUUUUGCAUCACAAAAGCCAGGGUCAGUUUAUACUUCCCAGUUUGGAAUUGUAUUUAGCCUAUGAUCGUGUGAUGUUUACACAAACUGUGUAGUUUUGUGACCAGAGCUAUCUUAAGGAUCAUCAGGACCCUAAGAAAUACUGAUUAUUAAUGGAAAUGCCUUACAGUAAAAAAAUUCUUGUCUUUUCAUCCUGCCAGAACUUAUCCUUUAUUUUAUUACAAAUUUAAAAUACUUUUGGAGAAUCGUCUAAAUUGCCUUUUUGGGUUUGUUCACUGCAAAUGAAAUUUAUUUACAUGGCAGUAAUGAAACCACUUUACACGGAAUGUAGUAUCCUGUGGUUGACAUUUAUUGGAUGUACUGGGAUACAAAAUACAUUUGCUGCUGUCCUGAUGUCAAAUCUCAAAUUUUGAAUUCUCAAAAACCUUUGCAAUAUUUUUCUAAGAUUGUGUUGGAAAAUUUAGAGACAGACAACCACAAUAUAUUUAUAUUCAUUGGAAGAUUACUGAUUUCUUCAGUCUUUUUCCAUUUUCUUAUUUAUAAUUGCGAAAUUAUACAGUGACACAGUAAUUAUGUUAUUUUACUUUCUUUGAUUUGUUUUGGAAAAAGAAAUUUAUUGUUGGACAAUUCAUUCCUUGGCCAUUAUCAUACUCUUGGCAUAUCAAUUUUAUUUAUGGAGCUAUUUGGUCCUGUUAUCUGUAGUACUGUGGACAAAUUAAGCAUUUAGCGCAAGGAUGAUUGUGAUUCGUAUUCAGGGUGUCCAUUUUCUGGAAAAUGGAUAAAUCAGAGAAUUUGUUAAAGAAUCAUUAGCUGUCAGGGAAAUUUAUGAGAUGUUUAUAAAGCUAGAUAUUAUUCUUAAAAAAAUAGGACAGGAUUAUUUUUUGCUCAAAUUCUAUUUGUUGAGGUUUUCUUAAUUUUUGGAUUUUAUGAUCGUGAUAUCUUAGAGCUGACAAGUUAGUUUCAGGCUUACUUUAAUAUUUGCUUUUAAUAGUGUGAAAUAUUCUACAAAUCUUAUCUGUGAAACAUUUUAAAAUUAUCUGGAAAACUGGGGAAAGUCAGGGAAAUUUGUGUAAAGAAAUGAGUGGCCACCCUGGUAUUGUCAUUUCUUAGUAGAAGAUUUAGAGACAUCAUUUUCCAUUCAUUCAUGCUUUCCUCUUUUCUGUUUCAGUGUGUAUUAGACUUUCCGUCCUAAUUGUCAUUGGCAUCAGUUGCAACUGCCACUACAGAUAAUAUUACCUUUAACGUAUCAUUGUUUUUUGUUAUUAAUUGAAACACCAAUUGCUAUUUAAAUCAUUCAUUUAUCAUUCUGAUAUGUUACUGCUCUAGCUUCAAAUUUCUCGACUUCAUAUAUUCAAGAAUUGUAAAUUUCUUUGUCACAAAGAGCAUAGCAGAGUUGUGUAGUAUUUUAUUAAAAGUGAUCUUCAAGAUAAAUAGUAAAUUAUUUACUCGUAACUGAAAUGUGAUGCAUACUGUUAUCUUUUUGAAACACGAUCUCAUGUUAUCAAGCUCUAACAUAUAGGACGAUAUUGUGCUGUGACAUGUAUAUUUUGUAAUUGUUGUUUGAAAAGAAUUUUGCUGUUAAAGCAAGAAACUUGAAUGUGUGGAUACUUAAAAACAAUCUUAAAAUGAAUGUUGAAAUUUGACUUUAACUAUGAAUCACAAGAUAAUAAGAAUUUUUAGGAUGCUGCCUAAAUGACAUAACAUUGUGGUAGUAAACAGCAUAUAUUGCUCCAUUUUUUAUGACCACAGGGAUAAUCCAUGUUCCCCACAAAUAUCAGUUAAUUAGUACUAGAAGUAAUAGAAAUAUUGUCUGCUCUAGAAAAUAGAUAGGAUGAAUGUAGUUAUAGCAAGUAAUAUUUUUUCCAUGAAUAUAUAUGGCCACGGUAUCUUAACUUCAUAAUCAUCUAAUCAAAACAAAUAAAUCCAUCUUCUCUCCCAAACACUUUUUUGUGAAACUGAAAGCACAGUUUGACUGUGAUGCUUUACAUUAGUUUCUGUCCUAUUAUUUUUAUAAUUAAUACCUUGUGUAUAAGUGAAAUACAGAUUUCAUUUUAUUUGGAGGACAUGUUCUAUCUCCAUUGUGGCAGCAUUGUUUUUUGAAGUGCCAUUACCUCAAUAUUCAGCCCAGAAGGCGCUCUUGUUCUCCUACAUUGUAUGUGAAUAUAAAUAUAUCUCUAUCUAAUAAAAUGUUGAGUGUAUUUUUGAGCAAAGUUCUUAAUCAGUUUUUAUAAAAUGCAUUAAUACUAGUACAUGAAGUGCAUUUGUGAUACAUGUAGGAAAAUGCUACAAUUACGGUGCAUGUUUUCAGAAUUUCAUAUCUACAAAUUUCAUGAAGAUGAAUUUCACUUAGUAUGUUACAUGUUAACAUGUAUCUGUUUUUAUGUGAUGGUCAUCUCUUAUUCAUUUGUUGCCUGUGUCCUGAAAAUAACCUUUUUUUAUGUGAUCUCAUUAUUUUUUUACAGUCCAUACUUGGAUAUCUAUCAGAAUUUUCAGUAAAUUUGUAGAUGUGAACUUUCAAAAGAUGUUCCCCUGUUGUGGCUCAAAACAAUUCUGUUUUAUUUAUUUUAAUACUAUUUACUACAAGGAAGAAUGACUGAAAUAUUUCAGCAGCUUCACUUGAUUUGUAAUGCUAUUGUAGAAAGAAAAUAAAUUGAUACAAUCUGAAUAAGUUCUUUGUUUUUGCUUUCUUUCUUCACUCCUGUCUGUGAAUGUUAAUGUACUGUAUUCAGUUCAUGUUCUAUUUCCCAAACAUUCUCCCAAUACAUUACAUAAACUUUCCUUUAUAGUACAUCAAUAUAAUGUUUUUGAAAUGUUUCUCAACUCAAUCACAAUCAAAAAUUAAAAAGCAUAUGAGCUACUACCUCUGAGGAGGAGUUGGUGAUCAGAAUGUUAUUAAAGACUGUAAUGGCUUCUGUAGUCUUAAUUUAAAGAAAUAAAUUGAAGACACGUUUGAAAAUUGAUUGAAACAACUUUUUCAGUAUCUUUUUUAAAUGACUUUGAAUUCUUCCAAAUAUUCAUUUUUAAAAAAAACUUAAAAUCAACUCUUAGAUAGUUUAAUUCAAUAAAAAUGCCAGUCAGUACAUUGUUAAACAGUACUGAAUCGCAUGCAAGCAGAGUUACUUUUUGAUUGUUAAUCUGUAUUUUGAUAGGUUAGUGUGUGAGGCAGUGUCUGUGCUUUUUCUACUUUCACUUUUCUAUGAUUUAAAUGCUAUGUAUUUAAAGAGUUAAUAAAUAUGAUGAUAAUUAUUAAACACCUUCUCCUUAGACAGAGAAACCCUGGGAGACUAUUUUGAAGUUGUUGGCUGUUUGUAAUGUAUUUUUGUGUUCAUUUCGUGC